UAUUCUACUUCUAGGGUUAUAUUAGGUCGACUACGGCUUCCGCAAACUUGAACGUUGAAACUACAGAGGACCGCGACGCUGUCACCGUUCAGCAGAAGCAGCUGCCAUGGUUCUCAAGACUGAGCUUUGCCGCUUCAGUGGUGCCAAGAUAUACCCAGGCAAGGGUAUCAGAUUUGUUCGUGCAGAUUCGCAGGUGUUCCUCUUUUCCAACUCAAAAUGCAAGAGGUACUUCCACAAUCGACUAAAGCCAUCAAAGCUUACCUGGACAGCAAUGUACAGGAAGCAACACAAGAAGGAUAUUGCUGCUGAAGCUGUGAAGAAGAGGCGCCGAACCACCAAGAAGCCUUACUCAAGGUCUAUAGUUGGUGCCACACUGGAAGUUAUUCAGAAAAGAAGAACUGAGAAGCCAGAAAUCCGAGAUGCUGCUCGGGAGGCUGCACUUCGAGAAAUCAAGGAGAGGAUUAAGAAAACCAAGGAUGAAAGGAAGGCAAAGAAAGCAGAGGUAAUGGCCAAGGCACAGAAGACAGGCAAGGGAAGCAUUCCUAAAGGUGCUGCACCCAAGGGUCCAAAGCUUGGAGGUGGUGGGGGAAAACGAUAAACCUCUUAUAUCUGUUCUCGUACUUUCAUUCCUAGCAGUUCGCUUUGAUAAUGAGAUAUAUCUCUGUUUCAGAUUGUUUUGAGUGGAUUAAUUGGUCAUUUUUGCGGAACUCUGUUUUGGUUAUUUUUACCCCCUUGUUAUGAUAAUGAACUGGGGGUUGAGCUGUUCCUGUAACUUAGAAUCAAAGAGAGCACUUUCAUUGACUUCCAGCCAGUUCUAUGCAUGCUACUGCUACUUUCAUUA